UUCCUCAGUUUUCUUCAUCCUUCAACUAUCAAAUCUUACAUAGUAAACCGUUUUAAGAAAUGGCUUCAAAGGUUCUUGUUCUCCUCGGCCUCUCUUUGGCCGUGUUUCUCAUGAUAGCUUCCGAGGUUACAGCCAGGGAAUUGGCUGAGACUACUACUACUUCAUUUGAUCCGACGAAAGCUGAGAAGGCAAAUGGGGUUGCCGGAGAUGACAAGCACUACGGUGGAGGGAACGACGGAUAUGGCCACGGAGGCGGCGGCUAUGGACACGGCGGUGGAGGCUACGGACACGGCGGUGGCGGCUAUGGCCACGGUGGUGGCGGGUAUGGUCACGGUGGUGGCGGGUAUGGACACGGCGGAGGUGGGUAUGGACACGGCGGUGGAGGCUAUGGACACGGCGGUGGAGGCUAUGGCCACGGUGGCGGUGGGUAUGGUCACGGUGGUCACGGUGGUGGAGGAUGCCAAUACGGUUGCUGCGGCCACGGCAACUAUGGGUGCCAAAGGUGCUGCUCAUACAAGGGGGAGAAGGCCGUGGAUGAAGCAAAGCCCUAAGCAUUAAAGCUUGAAUUUCCAUUGUUUACGCUGCACGUACUAUACUCCUUAUUACAUGCAUAUAAAAAAUUUGGCAACUAAUUUAAUCUGUAAUAAUAUUGUAUUGAAGUAGCACUUCCAGUUACUUCUCUGCAACAUCUUUAUGAUAAAUAAAAUAAUUGGUUGUCAUAUAA